AGCAGAGCGCGAACGAACGAACGAACCAACCAACCAUUGCAGAUAAGCACAUCCAAGUCAAGUCCCCACCAACACGUGUCAUCCACACGAUUUUCCUUUCUGGAUUUACAACAUCGUUCAUUCAUUCAUUGUACAUAACAAACAAACAACAAUCUUCAGCUCAAUCGACACACUUUGUGAAAAGGAGAAAAGUUCCAAAUUCAAAGCACAAGACAAGAUGGCUUCAACUACAACUUCUCUAUGUUCCUCUACCCUCCAAUCUCAGAUCAAUGGACUUUCCCUUCACAAGAAUUCUCUCUUCCAUCCCCGUUCUCUCACUUUCUCCAGGAGGAAAAUUUCAACUGUGGUUAAGGCUUCAUCUCGUGUUGACAAGUUUUCAAAAAGCGAUAUCAUUGUUUCUCCAUCUAUUCUUUCUGCCAACUUUGCAAAAUUGGGAGAACAGGUAAAAGCAGUAGAGUUGGCUGGUUGUGAUUGGAUUCAUGUUGAUGUUAUGGAUGGUCGCUUUGUCCCAAAUAUUACUAUUGGACCUCUUGUGGUUGAUGCAUUGCGCCCUGUGACAGAUUUACCUUUGGAUGUCCACCUGAUGAUUGUAGAACCAGAUCAGCGGGUGCCCGAUUUCAUCAAAGCAGGAGCUGACAUUGUCAGUAUUCAUUGUGAACAAUCUUCCACUAUCCAUUUGCAUCGUGCAAUUAAUCAAGUAAAAAGCCUGGGAGCUAAAGCUGGAGUUGUCCUAAACCCUGGUACUCCGCUAAGUGCAAUAGAAUAUGUCCUUGAUGUGGUUGACUUGGUCUUAAUUAUGUCUGUAAACCCUGGCUUUGGUGGCCAGAGUUUUAUUGAGAGCCAAGUAAAGAAAAUUUCUGAUUUGAGAAGAUUGUGCGUGGAGAAGGGUGUGAAUCCUUGGAUUGAAGUGGAUGGUGGGGUUACCCCAGCAAAUGCUUACAAGGUGAUUGAGGCUGGAGCUAAUGCACUGGUUGCUGGUUCUGCUGUGUUUGGAGCUAAAGACUAUGCUGAAGCUAUAAAAGGAAUUAAAGCUAGCAAAAGACCUGAGCCAGUUUCUGUGUGAAAGGCCUCCGCGGUAUCGGAUCCAUUUUAAACAAUAUAAGGUUUAUGGUCAGCAGGCCAAUUAGGCAUGCCUUGCUAUCACCACCAGCAAUUUUCUCUCUCUGGAAUUAGCUAGAAAUCAGCCAAGUAAUGCCUCUGCUGUGAUGCAUAUUUGUGUAUAAUCUCUUGGAGUAUCAUAACAUCUUUAAUUCAAGAUAAAGCGAUCUACUGUCUAUCAGAUUGUAACUUUCGGUUGUGUUCCACCAUACUGUAAACAAGUUUUUGAUUUUGACAUUAUAUAAGGUUGAAUGAAAACCAGCUAUAAUUUUUCAGUUUUUUCUCUAAGUUAA